CUCGAGAGUGCCGUAACCUGGCCAAAGUCACACAGCACUGGGGAGGAGUGGGGCCGGCACUCAGGCCAGGCAGAAAGGCCCAGGCCUCCACCCUUAGGCCUCCCUGGCACUACUAGGUUGCUGGGUGGAUUGAGUGAGAGCGGUAGAAGGAUGAGGGUCACAGGGCUGGUGUUGUGGUGUCCUGGGUGAAGCCUCUGCCUGUGGCACCGGCACCUGGUAUGGCCCCUGGUUUGAGUUCCCACCUGCUCCACUUCUGAUCCAGCUCCCUGCUGAUGGCCUGGGAAAGCAGCAGAGGUUGGCCCAAGUCCUUGGGCCCCUGCCCCCACCUGGGAGACCCGGAUGAAGCCCCUGGCUUCAGCCUGGCACAGCCCCAGCCGUUGUAGCCACUUGGGAAGUGAACCAACAGGUAGAAGACCCUCUCUGCCUCUCCCUCUCUCUCUGUGUAACUCUGCCUUUCCAAUAAAUAAAUGAAUAAAUAAAAAGAAGGAUGAGAUUCGCCCCUGACUAUGUCCUCUGUCCUCCCACAGCCACCAGGAGAUUGAGGGCCACCCACCCGUCCGUCUCCACCAUCUACUUCCUGUUCACCAUCUUUGUGGUAUCCACUGUCUUCCACUGCCACCAGCGCCUGGCUCUGGUGCCGGCUCCCUGGGCAUAUUCAGCCCGCGUGGUCGUGGUCCCCGGACACCUACCCCGGGAGGGCAUGUGGACCAUCAACGCCAUGGGCCGCCUGGGGAACCAGAUGGGCGAGUACGCCACGCUGUACGCCCUGGCCAAGGAGAACGGGCGGCCCGCCUACAUCCCGGCCCAGAUGCACAGCACGCUGGCCCCCAUCUUCCGCAUCAGCCUCCCGGUGCUGCACAGCAGCACGGCCAGCAGGGUCCCGUGGCAGAACUACCACCUCAACGACUGGAUGGAGGAGCGCUACCGCCACAUCCCCGUGCCCUACGUGCGCCUCACGGGCUACCCCUGCUCCUGGACCUUCUACCACCACCUGCGCCACGAGAUCCUGCGGGAGUUCACGCUGCACGACCACGUGCGGGAAGAGGCCCAGGCCUUCCUGCGGGGGCUGCGGGUGAACGGCAGCCGGCCCAGCACCUUUGUGGGGGUGCACGUGCGCCGGGGCGACUACGUGCGCGUCAUGCCUCAGGUGUGGAAGGGCGUGGUGGCCGACCGGGGCUACCUGGAGCAGGCGCUGGACUGGUUCCGGGCCCCUACCGCUCCGGUGUUCGUGGUCACCAGCAACGGCAUGGCCUGGUGCCGGGAGAACAUCGACGCCUCCCGCGGGGACGUGGUGUUCGCCGGCAACGGCCUCGAGGGCUCUCCGGCCAAGGACUUUGCGCUGCUCACGCAGUGUAACCACACCGUCAUGACCAUCGGCACCUUUGGCUUCUGGGCCGCCUACCUGACCGGCGGGGACACCGUCUACCUGGCCAACUACACCGCGCCAGAUUCGCCCUUCCACCUGGUCUUCAAGCCCGAGGCCGCCUUCCUGCCGGAGUGGGUCGGCAUCACCGCCAACAUGGGGCGGGCCUUGUGGAGUGGCCUCUAGCAUGGUGUGCGUCCCUCCCUGCUCCUCACGCCUCACGGGGAGCAGCGCAUGGACCCGGGAUCCCACACGGAGUCUGAAUGCAGACUUACCUACCUGUAGCCGAGGGACCUGAGACAAGUGACUUAACUUCUCUCUGCCUUCAUUUGCUGUCUGAAAAUAAAAAUAAUUCAGAACUGACCUCAGCGGCGACUGGGGGAACUUGACAAGUACGUUCACAGCCGGUGCCUCGUUAGUGCGUGGUGUGUGGGGCUGUAAGACAGUGGGGCACCCAUGUCCCCUUCCCCGCAGCCCUAGGGAUCUGUGCUCACCUCUCCGGAUGGCCCCGUUCCCUGCCUGCAG